CCGAGAGGACCCGGAAGCGGUGAGCGCGGUCACCAGGGAGUGCGGGACCCCGCCGUUUGCGCGGAGGCGAUGGCGGCAGCUGUGCCGGCGGCCGUCGGUGAGGAUGGCCGGCGACAGCGGCCGGGGACUGUGCUUGAUCCCCAUCCCCAGGAGGGGGCAAAGGCUGAGGCUGAGUCAGGGGAGCUCUGCCGACUUCGGGCUGAGCUGGCAGGAGCCUUGGCAGAAAUGGAGAACAUGAAGGCUGUGGCUGAGGUGAGCGAGAGCACGAAGGCUGAGGCUGUGGCUGCAGUGCAGCGGCAAUGCCAAGAGGAGGUUGCUUCCCUGCAGGCCAUCCUGAAAGACUCUAUCAGCAGCUAUGAAGCCCAGAUCACUUCUCUGAAGCAGGAGCGGCAGCAGCAGCAGCAGGACAGCGAGGAGAAGGAGCGGGAGCUGGGCCGCCUGAAGCAGCUGCUGUCGCGGGCUCACCCCCUGGACUCCUUGGAGAAGCAGAUGGAAAAGGCCCAUGAGGACUCAGAGAAGCUGCGAGAGAUUGUGCUGCCCAUGGAGCAAGAGAUAGAGGAGCUGAAGGCAAAACUGCUGAGGGCGGAGGAGCUGAUUCAAGAGAUCCAGAGACGUCCCCGGCCUCCCCCUUCCCUGCAUGGCUCCACGGAGUUGCUGCCUCUGUCCCGGGACCUCUCUCCCCCAUUGGAGCCUCUCGAAGAGCUGAGCGGAGAUGGGGGUGCAGCGGCCGAGGCCUUCGCCCACAACUGUGACGACAGCGCCUCCAUCUCCUCUUUCUCCCUUGGCGGUGGGGCCGGCAGCAGUGCCUCCCUGCCCCGUGGCCGCCAGGGCCUGAGCCCUGAGCAGGAAGAGACAGCCUCUCUGGUGUCCACGGGCACCCUGGUCCCUGAGGGCAUCUACUUGCCCCCUCCUGGAUACCAGCUUGUCCCGGACACCCAGUGGGAGCAGCUGCAAAUGGAGGGGCGGCAGCUGCAGAAGGACUUGGAGAACAUCAGCCGUGAGCGAGACGAGCUGCAAGAGGGCUUGAGACGAAGCAAUGAGGACUGUGCUAAGCAGAUGCAGGUGCUCCUGGCCCAGGUCCAGAACUCAGAGCAGCUGCUACAGACCCUGCAGGGGACCGUGAGCCAGGCUCAGGAGCGGGUUCAGCUGCAGAUGGCCGAGCUGGCCACCUCCCACAAGUGCCUGAGCCAUGAGGUGAAGCGGCUGACUGAGGAAAAUCAAGGGCUCCGGGCCGAGCAGCCACCAUCUUCAGCCCCCCGGGCCCUGGAGCAGGACGAGGGCCAGGAGGAGUCGCUGCCCAGCUCAGUCCCGGAGCUGCAGCAGCUGGUGCGCCACAUGGGGCAGGAGGCAAGGGCCCAUCAGCAGGCCCGGGAGCACGAGGCAGAACGCCUUCGGAUUGAGAUAGUGAAGCUGCGGGAGGCGCUGGAGGAAGAGACGGUGGCAAGGGCCAGCCUGGAGGGGCAGCUGAGGGUUCAGCAGGAGGAGACAGAGGUGUUGGAGGCCUCCCUGUGCAGCCUCAGGACAGAGAUGGAGCGGAUCCAUCAGGAACAGAGCAAGGCUCAGCUCACAGACCUCCUCUCAGAACAGAGGGCAAAGGUGCUGCGGCUGCAGGCUGAGCUGGAGACCAGUGAACAGGUGCAGAGGGAUUUUGUACGACUGUCCCAGGCCCUGCAGGUGCGCCUGGAACAGGUCCGCCAGGCAGAGAGUCUGGAGCAAGUGCGCAGCAUCAUGGAUGAGGCACCGCUUAGGGACAUCAAGGACAUCAAGGACACCUGAGGGGCCAGGCCCACCCGCUCUGGGGAGACUGCCUUUCUCCACUGCAGAACCAUGAGGCCUAGGCUUUGGGGUCUCAGGAUGGGGUCUUCCUCCUCUCUAGGCCUGGGGUUCAGGGUACAGGGACACCACUGCCCUGGCCCUCCAGGGCCUCCUCCCAGGAUUGGCCAGGCCUUCUACUCCCAAGGACAACACUGGGUGAAGAUCCCUGCUCCCUCCUGGAACCAAAGGUGCAGGCUCAGCCCUGUGGCUCUCUGGCUGCUAUGCUGCCUCCUGGGUCCCAGCCUCCUGUCCCCCAGCCCAUCCCCGCCCCCUUCUCUAAGGCACAGCCAGCCUGUGGGUGGUGGCUUGGAGCCUCCUACGUGUGCGUCCUGGACAGGCAGCUGCUCUCUGGACUGCGUGACACUAAGAUGUUUGUCCCCAGGGGCCUGACCCAGGCCCCAGGAUGUGCAUGGAGGCAAGGCCAGACUUUUCUGUCAUUUAUUUUCAAUAAAUAAGCAGCUCAGC